AUCAACAAAGAAUCCAAAUAAUUAUUGCAAUUAUUGCUCCAAUCUGGAUUUUACGGAUUUUUUCGCGUAAAAUAUCUUUAAAACGUUUAUUUAGAAGCUAACCAGUAAUGAGUACCGUUGCAAUACCGGGUACUUCAGCGGAAGAAGGUCCUUCAACAUCAGCACCACAAUCAGCAGCAGCGAAGCAUGCUGAAAGGAUGGAACGGCUGCGUAAGCUACAUCAGCUUCGUAAUGAAGCUCGCUCCUCCAAUCAUCAGGAAGUAGUGGCGGAAGACGAGCGUAAAAAGCUUCCGACCAACUGGGAAGCCCGCAAACGCCAGGCCGAUUGGUUGAUCGACGAUAGUAAAGCCAAACAGGAAGCGGAAGAGAAGGGACUGGAUUAUAAUCGAGUGAAGCUGAUGAAGGUUUCCGCUGCCGAGGCUGAUCGAUUCGAUAAGUUGAGGUCUAAGAAGAAAAAUGUCGAUCCCGGGUUCUCGGAUUACGAAGCCCAAACGGCCCGGCAGUACAAUCGAUUGGUCAAAAAUAUGGAACCUAGAGACAUGGCCAAGUAUGAGGAACAGAAGCGGAAAUAUGGGGAUGCUUUCUACGGAGGACCGAAUGUGGUGCUCCAGGGUUUGCACAAAGACACCAAGGGAGCCAUCGAUAACAUGGUGAAAGAUUUGGAGCAGCAAAUCGACAAGAGGAAGAAAUUCUCGCGCCGCAGGACCCACAACGACGAUGCCGAUAUCGACUACAUCAACGAGAAGAACGCUCGGUUUAACAAGAAGUUGGAACGCUUCUACGGGGAACAUACGGCCGAGAUCAAACAGAAUCUGGAACGAGGAACGGCUAUCUAAAUGGUUUCUGGGAAUUCAUACGUUUGCAUGUUUGUUCCGAAAUUCCACAUGUAUUAGAUUGUAAUAUUCGAAGGUCUUUUCUGUGAGAAAAUAACCAGGCCGAUGAAUUAGUAUAAUUUAUUUUAUACCUUCUUUGAGUAAAGCUCCUUCAAAUGAAUAAUUUCUUUCAUAACAUAUGAUCAAUCAAAUCUUUCAUUUCUGAUUUAAAACUUUUCUUAGAUGUGAUCAAUAAAAUGAAAUAAUAUAUACAAA